CUGUCUUCGUCUGUGUCUUUCGCUCACUCACUUUCUCUCACUCUCUCGCUCUCUCUCAAACAAAUAACAAUGGAUCGGAAAUGUGUACUCGCAUUCGCAUUCAUCUGCGUCAUUGUAAGCAACGUCGGAGCUCAAGCUCCGGCAGCCGCGCCGACGGCGACUCCGACUACUCCGGUCACUGCUACUCCACCGGCUUCGUCACCAGCUAUAGCACCGUCUAAACCACAAGCACCAGCUGAAGCCCCUACAAAACCAAAGUCUCCAGCUCCGGUCACAUCUCCGACUUCAGCUCCACCGGCUACCUCUCCUGCCGCGUCUCCUCCGAAGCCAAAGCCAAAGCCGGAGGCUCCAGCACCAGCGCCAGUGACUAAACCCAAAGCUCCUGCGGCGUCGCCACCGGCAGUGGCUCCAGCGAGCUCACCACCGGUUCCAGUUCCGGUGAGCUCUCCUCCUCUUCCUGCGCCGGAGAAAUCUCCUCCAACUCCUGCUCCGGCAACUGUUCCCGCCAGUUCUCCACCAGUUCCGGCCGAGGUUCCAGCUCCAGCUCCAAGCAAGAAGAAGACGAAGACAAAGACAAAGAAGAAGCAUAAUGCGCCAGCUCCAGCUCCAGCUUUGGAAAGUCCUCCAGCGCCGCCAGCCGGAUCACCUGGACCAGCAAGUGCCGACUCUGUCUCACCUGGACCGUCAACUGCGGCUGAUGAGAGCGGGGCAGUGACUAUCAGGUCCGUGCAGAAACUUAUGGCUGGCAUGGCAUUUGGAUGGGCUAUAUUGGGUAUGGUCAUUUAAGAAGCGUACAGUGAGAGGAAAAGAGAGAGAGAGAGAGACAGAAAAUACUAUUACGUGCCUCAUUAUUUCAAUCUUUUAUCUCAUUCGUAUGGCGGUCCCACGUUGAUGUUGAUUAAAUUAUUUUUAUUUACUGGCCGGUGAUGAUUUGGUUCGCUCUGUGAUUUAUUACUGUAUCACCUGCCUUCUUUUAUUCUUUUGGGAGAGCUUAUGAUCACACUUUGUAGUUUUCUAUUGACUACUUUAUUACUGUUUUAAUUUGUACUACUAUUGGAGAGCAUCUACUUCCA